UUCCCGCCCUUUUUCAACGGCCGUGGCGCGAGCACCGCCCCGCCCCCGGCCGUCGCCCGGCAACGCCUCAGCCGGACAUGGCGAAGAUCUACAGCUUCGUAGCGCAGGACGAGAUCUGGAAAAGAAACAUUGAAACUGAACUAGAAGCUGCCAAGAGGUGGUCCAACAAGUGGGGAUUCUUGAAAACACCUCUUGAAGAGUUGGUUGAAGAUGAAAAGAAAGAAAAUACAAAGCCCAAGAUACAGCUUCCAGAACAUCUGCAGGUUCGACCUGUGACACCUGUGGAAAAAUACAUUAAGGUGAUGCCAUCUCCUCCAGUACCGAGGACUACCCAGGGGUUUAUUGGCUGGAGAUCAGCUGUUCCAGGGCUGGAACUUGAACGUGGUUAUCAAAUCCUCAGCUGCAAAAGUGCCUUUUUUAAGGAUUUGAAAUGGCCAUGUGAGCCCUCUGACUGACAGUAAGAAACAACAGGCACGUGGAUCCAUUUGCAUCCCUAAGUUAACAUUCUAUCGUAAACUGUUGGACUGUUAAACCUUUAUGCUUUAAAAAUGGUUUAUGUAAACGUGCACAAUCAUUUUGGUAAAGUCCAAACAUUGUGAUGUAGCAUUUUAGUUGUUACUGAUUUUUUGAAAUGUUUGGCAUCCAACCUGUUAAUGCUGCUUCAGGUUUACUUAGAAGUAACAAUGAAUAAAGUCAUAUAAAGAAUGCAGAGCAGGUACUACUUUUAUUUUUAUUAAUAAGACUACGAUUUUAAAAUAUUUCUUGGAAGUCUAUAAAAAACAUGUUUUGUAAUGACAGAACACGUUUUUAUAAUUGUUUCUCCAUGCCAGCCUUCAUUCAGACUCAGUUUCACAGCAGCUUUUUCAAUGAUAAAUACAGACUGACAUGUUCCUGACAAUCCUACCCUGCUGCUCAUUCCCAAUUCAUCACUUACCAGUCCUGGAGUCUGCGUUUAGAAUUAGUUCUCGAUCAGCACCCUGACCUGGCCCACUACUGAGUUGCUCAAGUGCCUGUGCUGGCACAAAAGCAUCACUUUGGUACAGAAAAAGAACAAGAGGCAGAGAAGAGUAGCAGGCAGGACUUAAAGCAGCUGCUUAAAAGGAGCUUUCCUCAAUAAUAAAAACAGAGCAAAAAAACCUACACCCGCAGAAAAUAAAAUUAUCGGACUUCUUCAUAGUGCGUCUACUGCAGCUUUAAAAAAAAAAAGGUAAAUUGUAAAUACGGUGAAGUCAUAAUUAUUAAAUGCAUUGUCUUCUGUGUUGUGCAUGCUUUACAGGUAGUUUGUUCAGUUACACACAUAAGUGAGAAAUUCCCAGUGCAACUGUUUGAAUGGUAUGAAUAAAAUAUACAAAGGCAACAGUGACAUUAAGUCACUUUCAAAAAUCAGUUUUGGGAUCAGAACAGUUUUUGUAUGUUUUUGUUUGUUUUUUCAAUUAGUUGGUCAAAAUGCAAAUGUGUUACAAAGUAUUUACGUUGCUUCAGUUUUGUUUAUAUCAAUAUUUAUACCAACCAGGACUGGUGAAAGUCUCAGAAACAGGAGGCGAUUGCACUGGGAGUCAGUGAUGGAGCUACCUCAGUGCCAUGGAGUGCAGUCUUGUGCUCCAUUCCCUACCCGAAGGUUGGCCAGGACUUUUGGAAACUCAGAAGGAGACUCAGUUGUAGCAACUGUUGGCAGGAUAUAGUUCUAAUUGGCUAAGGUGUUUAAACGAGAAAAUUGUUUAAACAAAAAGCAGCCUCCAAGAAGUCAACACAGGCAGCUCUUUAUUACUUAAAGAGGCAAGAGUUUCCUCUUUAAUCCCGCUGCAAGAUCUCCUUUGUGUUCUGCAGCUAUCAAUAUCUACUUGAGUCAGCAGUAAAUCCCUAGUUUUCAUAGCGGUAGGUCAGCAGCUAGUGUUUGUUCUUUCCUUCUUCCCAAGAAAUGACUCACAAUGAUCAACAUCCCACCUAUUUUUUUAUUUUUACAUCCAUUUCCAAAUGCCACAAAAUAAUAUUUUACUUUUCCCCUAUUCUUCACAAAUAAUGGAGAAGUGACUCAUAUCCUUUGGAAAGAUUACCCCAGAAUGAGAAUACAUAGCUUCAUACGCAUUACCUAAAAAACAGAAUAAAGAAUAACUUGGAAUUCGACUCUGGAAAUGUAAGCUAAAUUGCAGUUUAGCUAUUAACGUGUAAACUGUUCUUUGAACAAGUAAAAGAAUUGCAAGAACAACA